GAAUGGACUUGCCGUUCGACGACAAGGACCUAGACGACGCGGCGUUAUGGGCUGUGAUCGACUCUGCCGCCGCAGCGUCAAUUUCCUCCUCAAACGCCGUUACUGCGAAACCACGGACCAAGCCUCUGACUCCCAUCCCUUGCCCUGUUCAAUCGCCGCAGAUCAACGCGGCGAACAAUACUCGAAAAUACCGACAUAACCCUGACGGCGAGGUGGUGCAGAAGCAUCGACCUUGCAAAAUUUCCAGAGCGACCAAUGCGCCGCGAAUUCUCGAGUCUAGUCCCUCGCAGCUGAUGAUUGUGAAACAGGUGCCCCGUACGCCCGCUACUCCUCCAUCGUAUAUAACUGAAUCUCCUGAGACUAGUAACAUAUGUGUGGGGAACAGCCACAGUCCGAGUAAAUCAUCGAUGAGUUAUGAGAAAACAGAGGUUAGACAUAGUUUGGCUGGUCAGUUUCCGACUAUUUCGCUGUUCAAGGACUACCAAAAUGCAGCUAUGGAGAUACUAGAAAAGGGUGACUACACAAUGAUAUCUGGAACUCCUUAUAUUAAGAAGUCAGGCUGGAGGAAGAUAUCAUUUUACUUCAAUCUUUCUUAUGAAAUUAAAGACAAAACCAUUGAAUUUGAUGAGAACCGCAAUGUUCAAAGGGCAGAGUUCAUUGUCCGAGCUUACAUGCAGGGUGGAAGGUUUUCCGAUGGAUGGGGCUCAUGUGAACGACGUGAGAAGAGGUUUAUGAAGCCAAAUCAUGAUAUUCCAUGCACAGCUGAAACUAGAGCAAAAAAUAGAGCAUGCCAGGACUUGCUUGGCAUUGGAGAGUAUCGACCUGGUAUAAGGCAUCCCCAUUAAUUAAAUAUCAUCUGGAGUUGAGACUUGGGGAAGAUACGCAUGACUGAUGGAUCCCACUGAAGUAGAGGACCUUCGAAAUCAAAUAUAACCAAGUAUUCUCUGCACAGAUCUCAUCGAUCUUUCACCAAGGAUUGAAUGCAUUUUGACAGUCUAGAUAUCUGCGUUUGUGUGAUUGUUGUCAGUUUAUUGAACUAUCAUAAACAAAUCUGAGAGUAUUAUGCAAUUGUUACUCUUGUGUACCUAAACAUUUUAAUAUAGGGAAAGGCUAACAGCUCUUGAGUUUGAAUGGUCUGAUUGUGUAUGUUGAUUAUGGGGCUAAGUAAUGACAACUUAUUAUC